GCUCCUCCUAUUCUCUCUCUCUCUCUAACCUUGCGUAGAUCGAUCGAUGCCAAUGGAGGUUUCGCAGAAAGAUUUGGAUCGGAUCAAGGGACCGUGGAGUCCUGAAGAGGACCAACUGUUGCAGAAGCUCGUGCAACGCCAUGGGGCUAGGAAUUGGUCGCUGAUCAGCAAGUCGAUUUCGGGGAGAUCAGGGAAGUCUUGCCGGUUGCGGUGGUGUAACCAGUUGUCACCGGAGGUGGAGCACCGGGCAUUCACGGCCGAGGAGGAUGAGAUCAUUCUUCAGGCGCACGCAAGGUUCGGGAACAAGUGGGCCACGAUCGCGAGGUUGCUCAAUGGAAGGACUGAUAACUCGAUCAAGAAUCACUGGAACUCGACGUUGAAGAGAAAGUACGCGGCGAUGAUCGAAGCCACCGACGGUGGUUGUGGCGGUGAUGAAAGGGCGGUUCAAGGUUUGAAGCGAUCGAAGAGUUGCGAUGUGACUGUUAAUGUGUCUGGCUUGCGUGUCAGUCCUGAUAGUCCAGAUGGAUCUGAUGUUAGCGACUCGAGUCAUACUCCGAUGGAGACUAAUCGUUAUCGACCGGUAGCGAGGGUUAGUUCCAUUGUCCGGCCUUCGAAAGAGGUAGAAUCGGCGCCGGUGAAUGAUCCGCCGACUGCUCUGACUCUGUCUCUGCCGGGGAUUGGUUCUGAUGCGCAAGAGAUUCACGAUCAUGAAUCGACUCCAGAAGUGGCUCAGCAACAUCACCGGCGGAGCCAGAGUGGCGAGUUUGGGACGCCGGUGGCUGAGAAGCGGGAUACGAUGACCUUUAGUCCCGAAUUCCUUUCUGUUAUGCAAGAGAUGAUUAGAAAGGAAGUGAGAAAUUACUUUUCUGGACUGGAGAACUCAGGAUUUGAGAAGAACGGAAUGUGUGUUCAGCAGAAUGGGCUUGGUGUUGGGAAUACAGGGAUUAGGCGCAUUGGCAUCAGCAAGGUCGACUGAGACAAAACCCAAUAAGUCAUAAAAAAUUGGGGUGUUUGAGGUUAAUUUGCGGAAUUUGAGAGGGGCGAUCUGGGUUUUUUCUUUUUGCUGCACAGAAUAAUUUUUGAACUUGGUGGUGUACAGAAACCGGGGAGCAGUGAGAAGCUUAGAUAGCAGUGGCUUUGUUAGUCCAAUGAAAUGGGAGAGCUUUGUUUUGAAUUAGGAAGAAUAAUUAUAAUCAUAAUCACAGAAAAAUAAUUAUUUUUAAAUUGAAACUUCUUUUCUUUGAAAGCCAACGGUACCUUUGGUAAUGCUUGAU